AUGUCCGACCGCGAGUACUACCGCGAUUACUCGCGGCCUCCCCGCGGCGGCCGGGACCCGCAUCACCGCUACUAUGACGACGAGUACGUGGUUGUGGAUCAUCAACACCACCACGCGCGCGGCAGCAACGACAACGUCUCGGCUAGAAGGGGCGCGUCUUCCAGGCCGCGGGCCAUGUCCAUGUAUGACACGCCGCAGCGGCCGCCCAACGACUACGACAUUGAGGUCGUGUACGACGACGAAGACAGCGUCGUCGACCGCGAGCAGCGGCGCAGCAGCCGCAGCCCUCCUCCCCGCCGUCCCGCGAGCGCCCGGAGGAGCAUCGUGGACGUGCCGCCUCCCCCGCUGGGGCUUGUGCCGACGCCUGCACCGUCGCCGCCCGGGCACCAAGCGUACUCGGUGAGGGAUGAUGAGAAGGACAGAGAGUGGGAGAGGGAGAGAGAGGUCGUGAUUGAUGUUAUCGAAGAGCACCACCACCGCUCUUCCCCCGCCAGUCACCACCGCUCAUCGCCCGCGAGCCAGCACCGGGCCUCUCCUGCAGACCGCGCGAGGCACAACGUAAGCACGAUGGUCCACCCGCCCGCCAGCGUGCAUCCGAGCCAUGCUGCCGCAGGCGCGGUCAUAUCGAGGCAUCAGUCGCCUGCGAGCGGCGGUGGCGGCGGCGCUUCGGUGUACGAGUACGGCGAUAGGCCCACGUCGGCUGGGAGAGCGAGGGACGAGUAUGCGUACACGCGCGAUGAUGGGGUCGUGGUGGUGAGGAGCCAGCCGCAGGAGAUUGAAAUCAUCGAGCAGAUCGUUCCGGUGGCCAGGAGUGGAAGCAGGGCAAGGAGUAAGAGUAGGGUCAGACGAAAGGCGAGUCUGGAUAUGAGGGGCGCGGAUAGCCCGCCACCGUAUAAGAGGUUGAUCGUGGCUUGUGAUGGCACAUGGUUGAACUCAGACAACGGCAUGGCGAAUGGCGAACUAGCCGUUCCCAGUAACGUGACGCGAAUAUCUCGAGCGAUCAAGCCAAUGUCGAAAGAUAGGAUCCCUCAGAUCGUUUACUACCAAUUCGGUGUUGGAUCUCGUGGCAAUGUCGUCAAUCGAGUCAUCAGCGGUUCGACCGGAGGUGGAUUGGAGGAGAAUGUGCGCGAGGCCUACUCUUUCCUGAGCAACAAUUACACCCCUGGUGACGAGAUCUUCCUGAUUGGAUUCUCGAGGGGUGCAUUUACGGCACGCAGUAUCGCAGGAUUGAUAGACAACAUUGGGGUACUGACAAAAAAAGGGCUCGGGUCUUUUGUAGCAAUAUUCGAGGAUGUGCAGCACCGGCGAGAUCGGCACUACAAGGACAGGAAUCCGGAUAUUCCCUUUUCUAACAAGCCUAAUGCCGGCGACCUAGCGUACCGCUAUGAGCUGGAAGCGAGAGGAAUGACGACACUCGGCGUCCGGGUCAAGGCCAUUGGCGUUUGGGAUACUGUCGGCUCACUGGGUGCUCCGAGGAUCGGUUGGCUCACGAGAGUCGGGCUGCAGCCCAUGCAGUCAAAGGAAAUGACGUUUUACGACACCAAGCUCUCCAACUGCGUGGACUACGCGUUUCAAGCGCUGGCGCUGGACGAACGUCGGACAUCGUUCGCACCGGCGCUCUGGGAGAAGUCCCGCGAUAACAAGCGGACGGUGCUGCGGCAGGUGUGGUUCCCGGGAGUACACAGCAACGUAGGGGGAGGGUACGACGACCAGCAGUUGGCCAACAUCACGCUGGCGUGGAUGGUGGCGCAGCUCCAGCCGUUCCUGGACUUCAAGACCAAGUACGUCUUCGAUCAGGAGCUGGCCAACGACCGCUUCUACAGCAAGCGGAGGCAGCCCAUCCGGCCCUGGAGCUUCGGCGAGAUCCCGAACUCGUCGUCAGGCAUCUACAGCCUCGCAGGCAGCACCAAACGCACCCCGGGCCAGUACACGGUGACUGACCCUCACACGGGACGCAGCACAGGCAGGCCGCUGAGGGAGACGUGCGAAUACAUGCACGCGAGCGUGCGGACGAGGCUGAGGAUGGGCGGACCCGGGACGGAGGACAAGGGCAGAUACGAUCCCGAGGCGCUCGAAGACUGGCGCCUCGUCGUCGAGUAUCCCCCAGACGAGCAUUCGGACCAUCAUCACCAUGGCGGUGGUGGCAGACCGAGCGGCGGACCUCCUCCCGAAAUCUUCUGGCGCCUGCGCAGCGGCAUCGAUGACCAGCGUGUCCCGGUCACCACCCGCGUCUUGCCCGAGGCGCCGUUGAGUAGGCUGGAGAGAGAUAUUUUGGCGGAGCGCGAUCCCGAGUCGUUUGAGUACGUGAUGUGGCCGCCGCGGACGAAGCAGAGACGCGUGGGCGGUGGGGGCGGGGGCAGUAGUGGGAGGGCGAGGAGUAAGAGUAAGGGCCCGCACAAGAGGGAAAGGAUGUCGAUGAUCGACCCAAGGGAGAGGGAGGUAGUGAGGGAAGACGUGGUGAAGGAAAGGAGGAGGAGAAGCGCCGUCUUGCCGCCUGAAGAUGAUUACAGGAGAAGUAUGCCGGAGAGGCUGGGGUGA